CUCCCUCGUCCCCCCGAUCCACUCGGCACUGCUUUUUCCUUCCUAUUGCGCUUGGUUAUUUAUCUCCAACACACACAUCACACCACUCUCCUCCCUUUCUUCUCCAUUCUUCCAUCUUUCUUCAUUUUUGGGGAUUCUGAACACGGUCCAUCUAUCUCGUUUGGAUUUUUCUCCAUCUCCCUACACCGAUCAUCAUGCUGUCUACCCUCCGAGUUGCCAGCCGCACGGCUGCUUCGCGUGACGCUACCCUGCGCACCGUCGCCGCUGGUGCCAGAUAUGCCUCUGCGUGGUCCAAGGUCCCCCAGGGCCCUCCGGAUGCCAUUCUGGGUAUCACCGAGGCCUUCAAGGCCGAUUCUUUCAAGGAGAAGAUCAACCUGGGUGUUGGCGCGUACCGUGAUGAUCAGGGCAAGCCCUUCGUUUUGCCCUCCGUGCGCGCCGCCGAGGACAAGGUCGUUGCCUCCCGCAGCGACAAGGAAUAUGCCGGCAUCACUGGUAUCCCUACCUUCACUAGCGCCGCUGCUGAGCUCGCCUAUGGCAAGGACUCUGCCGUCAUCAAGGACGGCCGUCUGGUCAUCACCCAGACCAUCUCCGGUACCGGUGCCCUGAGAAUCGGCGGUGCUUUCCUGCAGCGCUUCUACCCCCACGCGAAGAAGGUUUACCUGCCCAACCCCAGCUGGGCCAACCACAACGCCGUCUUCAAGGACUCCGGCCUGGAGGUCGAGAAGUACCGCUACUACAACAAGGACACCAUCGGCCUGGACUUUGAGGGCCUGAUCGCCGACAUCAAGGCCGCCCCCGAUAACAGCAUCAUCCUGCUGCACGCCUGUGCUCACAACCCCACCGGUGUCGAUCCCACCCAGGACCAGUGGCGCCAGAUCAGCGACGUCAUGAAGCAGAAGGGUCACUUUGCCUUCUUCGACAUGGCCUACCAGGGCUUCGCCAGCGGCAACGCCGACCAGGACGCUUUCGCGCCCCGUCACUUCGUCAAGGAGGGCCACAACAUCGCUCUGUGCCAGAGCUUCGCCAAGAACAUGGGUCUCUACGGUGAGCGUGUCGGUGCCUUCUCCCUCGUCUGCGAGUCGGCCGAGGAGAAGAAGCGCGUGGACUCGCAGAUCAAGAUCCUCAUCCGUCCCUUCUACUCCAACCCUCCCAUCCACGGUGCCCGCGUCGCCUCCACCAUCAUGAACGACGCCGAGCUCAACCAGCAGUGGCUGGGUGAGGUCAAGGGCAUGGCCGACCGCAUCAUCGAGAUGCGCGCCCUGCUCCGCAAGAACCUGGAGCAGCUGGGCAGCAAGCACGACUGGUCCCACAUCACCAGCCAGAUCGGCAUGUUCGCCUACACCGGUCUUAAGCCCGAGCAGAUGGACGUCCUGGCCAAGGAGCACUCCGUCUACGCCACCAAGGACGGCCGUAUCUCCGUGGCCGGCAUCACCAGCGGCAACGUCGGCCGCCUGGCUGAGUCGAUCUUCAAGGUGGUCGGUUAAAUGGAGAAGUGAAGUUGAUUUCGGUCCGACAUUCGCGAGAACCCUUGCGAAUGAAAUGAACAAAAGUGUCUUUCGAUACAUAGAUCUAGAUCUAUCAGGGUUCGGCCCUCUGUACUGAUAUCCGUGUCUGUUACAUUAGCAUUUUGAGCAUUACUUUGAAUGAUCUUUACGAG